UUUACAUAAGGACGCUAUUUACGGAGAAGAACAGAAACAUGGCGGGGCGCGGGAAAAGAAAAUCAAAAUCUUCGCCACAGGUGGAACAGGUGAAUGGGCAGGUGAAGUGUGCACGAGGAGAGGACGUGGGUGCAGGAGUGCGGUCAGGGGUUCCAGUGCACGAGAGAGAAGAGGUCGAGCGCCUGUGCAAAUUACGGAUGCCGGAUGACUUUUACCUCUUCUGGGAUUUUUGCAAACGGCUCAGUCCAGAUAAUCCCCAAGAUGCUCUAUUGGGUCCAUUGGGUCUGCGGCUGGUUGGGCCUUUUGACAUCCUGGCUGAGAAGCACCUGUGCUGUUCAGCAGCCCAGAGCGUUUUCCACCUGCACUGGCGGUACUUCUAUGACCCUCCUGAGCUGCAGACUGUCCUGCAGGGAUGCAAUGACACGCAGCAUCACAUGGGCUAUUUCAGAGAUUGCCCUGACGAUGUGCCUGUGUUUGUCGGGGAGAAUGAAGCGAGGAAGGGCUGUACCAUUACCCAGAUGGGGGAGAAUCUCUUCGCUGCUGUACUGCUGUUCCUGACCAGAAGGAAGAGGGAGAAAGGUGUGCAGAAAGAUGGUGUGCUCCUGCACUUGGAGGCGGAGUUAAAGAAGGAGGCGGGGCAUCUGGGUCUGCCACUGGAGCAGAAAACCAAAGCUAUGAAACAGAGAGACAGGAAGGUGGUGACUAAGACUUUUCACGGAGCAGGCAUCGUGGUGCCCGUCGACAAGAAUGAUGUGGGAUACCGGGAACUGCCCGAGAGUGAUGCCAGUCUGAAAAAGAUCUGCAAGAUGAUUGCAGAAUCUGCGGAUGAUGAGGCGAGGAUGAAGGCUUUUGCUCCUAUCCAGGAGAUGAUGACGUUCGUGCAGUUUGCCAACGAUGAGUGUGACUAUGGCAUGGGUUAUGAACUGGGCAUCGAUCUCUUCUGUUUUGGCUCUCAUUAUUUCUAUAAGGUGAUUGGACAGCUGCUGCCAAUGGCGUACACUCUGCUGAACAGGGAUGUGUUUGGGGAGAUCCUACAAGCCCACCUCGCCAACCGUUCCCAUGACGAACUCGAUAAGCUAAAAGCCAACUAAGUCAGCAACUCCUCAUGCACCUCCAUCACUCUUUCACCAAAACAACCCCCCCUACCCACCUCCAUCACUCUUUCACCAAAACAACCCCCC